AUGGUUGAGAUUAUUGUUCACGAGUCUGAUCAACAAGUGCUCAGAUUGGCAAUUGACCUGUUCUCGACCAUUUGUCAUGAUAUUGACGAUGGAAAUUUUGGCAUCGUGUUGUCAAGACUCGUUUCACGACUGGAGUCAUCCAGUGGUUCAGUUGCUGUUGGUUUUAUCGAAAAUCUUCAAACCAUGUAUUGGAAGAUUCAUCGUCAUGACCCAGUAAAAGCAGCGGAGUGUGGCAUCAUUCCAGCACUGGUCAAUACGCUCAGGAGUGCCGAUCAAGAAGUGAUUAGUCAAAGUAUUGAUACUAUUCAGAGUUUAUACGACCAUGAAGAUUGUGAAGUGAUUUCAGCCGAGUUGAUGAGGCUGGAUUUGAUUCAAACACUGAACGACUUGUGUAUCAAACACAGCGACAACUUUGAACUAAAAACACGCAUGAUCAAGAUAGCUGGAACAAUUGCAUCCAAAAUGCGCGACUUUCCUGUAUCACUUGUACGAUCCGACAUGAUUGAGAAAUCUACAAACAAGGCCGAGGUGAUCAAGGUGUUUCAAGAUUAUGGAAUUGUAAAGCAACUCAACACUAUUAUUUCACGCAGAGAUAUGGAUUUGUGUGAUUAUAAUGGUAUUGUAAAACUAAUCAGGACACUUGUUGAUUUUGCCGACAAUCAUCCCGACAGUUCAAUACGUACCGAGUUGGAUCAAGGCGGGAUAUUUGAAAAUCUAACGGUUAUUGUACAAUCGGACACUGCUGAAUACAGAGACAAAAUGGUUGCUGGCCGGAUCAUUGAAACGUGUUUCCAGUAUCUGGUUUACACUGCUAGAUCGGAUAUUCAGCCAUACAACGACAAUGCCGAAAUUGAUAUGAAAUCUGGAAUGGCUGGGUAUACACAUGGACAGGCACGCACACUUGUAGAAAUGCGGUAUAUCCAGUAUCUGCAAUCUAUACUUUGCAAACCCAUGUGCUGGAUCGAUAUCACAAACCAGCAUAUUGUGGAGCAAUGGAGGGCUGACUCACUCGAUCAGAAUAUAUCACCAUCAACAUUUAAUCUUGCAUUGGAACAACUUGGGGUUUUUGUCAAGCAGCUUGUUUGUAGUGGCAGUGAUGGAUUGGGCACAAUUGUACCAGGACCUGUUGAACUGACGUAUAUACUGGACAAUGGCAUACCUGACAAUGUAUACACGCGAUUGAUGACAAAUGUAUCGGAUAUUGAACAUGGAUCAAAUCACAACACUGGUCAAAUGGUGCACAAUCUGAUUGAUGCAUCAAUGUACAGUGUUGUAUAUGGACAAACGAUGAUUGCACCACUGAGUAUACGACUCAAAUACACCACAAUGGUACCAUGCGAUAUAUUGUUAUCGACUCGACUUGUUUCAGAUGUGUCUAUGAUUGAAGGCAAUCCCGAGUUUAUAUCAUGCAGGUUCCAAUGUCUUCCGAGUGAAUUCCGUGUCGAACAGGAUGGCAGUGUGACCAUCAACUCAUACAUCAACAAUCUGAAUCCGAUAUGGCAUCGAGACAUGUACAAAUGCAUUGCCAAAAUAUUCAAAUGUUUUGUCCCAAUGUUUGAAAGUCUGUUCAGAACGAUGGAUCCAAUGUUCAAGUAUAUUGAUAUUCGCAAUGGCACAAAGGGAUAUGAGCCACCAAGCCAAUCAGAUCGUGGUGGUAUGGAACCGGAUACUCAAGUCAUUCGUCCCGUGUAUGUACCAACACUUCCGGAACAUUUCCAAUCCAAAUAUGAAUCAGCAAAGCCAGUGUCACUGCAUGGUCGUAAUCUACAAGUCAUUGUCAAACUCACCAACAUUCAAUUGACACCAUCCAAACCUAAAUACGACGAGGGAAACUGGCACAAUGAAGGUCCAAUUAACGAAUCGAUUGUUGCAACUGGACUGUAUUAUUACGACGUGGAAAAUAUCACCACACCCAAACUCGAUUACCGCGUGGCUGUUGAUCGGUUUGAUCAAGUAGCAUCUGUUUAUCCCAAUCGAUAUCAACACAAGGAACAAUCAUUUGAACUUGCAGAUCCAACUCAACCAGGACAUUGCAAGAUUCUGACAUUUUUUGUAGUGAAUCCAUCUCGUCGGAUUGUUUCGACUGCGCAUGUGGCUCCGCAACAACCACAAUGGUACAACUCGAGUCUUGACAAGACACCCAUACCACCUGAACUGUGGAAUGAUAUCACGCAGUAUAUUCAAGGUGUUCAAUCACCAGAUGAAGCCAAACACUAUCGAGAUGAAUUGACAAGUGACCGAACUCAAAUCACAGCAGCAUACAACAAAUACAGAUAUGAGCGGAAGUAUAAUCUUGAUCAUUGA